CAUGGGGGAAAAAAAACCAGCUUGAGAGGCUUCUUAUUUUUGUAGAUCUCAUCUGCUUUUCCUUUUGACUUCAGCACUGAGAGCCAGGCUGGAGACGGAUGCUGAGAACAGGAAGGGUGUGUGAAGAGUCCUUGCCCUUGCUUCUAACCGUUGCCAGUACCAGGAGCCCAGGCUCGAGAAGUGGUGACCAUGGAGGCCCUCCCCAAGGCCCUGGAGGUUGAAGAGAAGUCUCCGGAGUCCAAGGACCUUCUGCCCAGCCAGACAGCCAGCUCCCUGUGCAUCAGCUCCAGAAGUGAGUCCGUCUGGACCGCCACUCCCCGGAGUAACUGGGAAAUCUACCGCAAACCCGUCAUUAUCAUGUCCGUGGGUGGUGCCAUCCUCCUCUUCGGUGUGGUCAUCACCUGCUUGGCCUACACCCUGAACCUGGGCAAUAUGAGCCUCAAGGUCCUGAAGAUGGUGGGGCCUGCCUUCCUGUCUCUGGGACUCAUGAUGCUGGUAUGUGGGCUGGUCUGGGUGCCCAUCAUUAAGAAGAAACAGAAGCAGAGACAGAAGUCAGUGUUCUUCCAGAACCUCAAGUCCUUCUUCCUGAACCGCUGAUGACAACCUUGCCCUCUGACCGCCCCACCACCCCAACACCUUGUCCAGGAGAAAGCGUGAUGGCCAAAGUCCAACAUCUCUGGUCUCUUGGGUGGUGGAGUCUGCCAUAAAACUGAUGCAGGCAAACCCUCUUCUGGGCCCCAUGGGAAAAAUCAAGCUCAGGGCUGCGCCCUCCGUGUGGCUGGGAGGCACCACUGGAUGAUCUCAUUUAGUCUCUGUUGUGUCCUACGCUUCCCCCCAGAUCCUGGCUGUAGCCAUUGUCUUCCAUGGCUUCACCUCGGCCUGUGCAUCCAGGUGUCACUCAUCUAAUGAAUGUGCUCUGCCAAGCGCUAUGCAUGUUGGGAAAUUCCUUGAGAUGGACUAUCCCCCAAGAAGAACCUCCUGCUUACACUUCUGAGUGCCUGAACUGGAUUCUGCAUUUGCUCCCUUCCAGAAUCCAGACUGACCAGCAGAGGCCCUUUGCAGAGAGGAGGGAAGUCCUGACCCUUGGGCUUACCCACCCCAGCUCUCUCUGUGGGCGAGUUGCUAGCUUGCAUUUCAAGAGAUGAGAUAAGUCACAAGUACCAAACAUUCCAAAGAGAACUGAAGUGUGACUGGGAAGAAACACUUUCCAAGAAGGCACAUUCUCCCCUGGAAACGGCUCUGGGAGUUAGUCGGAGAAGCAAUUUAACCUUCAGUUACACAGUAUUUACACCAGGGGUGGUGGCAUGUGCUAGGGGGUAUCACAGUCUCCCCUUGACCUUCUAACUCCUCUGUGACUACUCUUCCAUCUGAACUGGACGCUUAGCCAAGAACAAGCACAUGUUGCCCUAACUUCCUUCUCCCCCGACCCCGGAUUCUGGAACAGCUGGGUGGAGAGCUGCUGCGGAGGGCUGCUGUAAGUGUUUGCUCUGCUUCAUCCCCAUCGAGAAUCACAACCCAGAGAUUCGACUCCACAGCUGAGUGUCUGGAGGUUUCCAGAGACGGCUUUUACUUCAGAAAGUCCCGACUUCUGCUCUCCCAGCCCCACCCACACACCCACAUUCAGCGAGGGCUCAGCUCGGGGCCAGGCCCUGAGACGGAGCAAGCUAGACAGCCGCUCCCUGCAUUCAUCUUCCACAUGAAGAGAAAGACACGGCCAGGCCAACAGGCGGCCAGACACCCGGUGCUGAGUCCUUUCUGGGGCUGUGAGGGUGGGGGCAAGAACAUGGCGGCAGGACGGGGAGCAGCAGUCUGGUCUAGCUGGAGGCUGUGCAGCCAACAGAAACAACAGAACCGGAGGAAAGAGGAGAACUGGCACAGGCAGGAAGGGAAAGCAUUUGGCGGGAACAGUGUGUGCGGAGCUGGGGGAGGGGAGCAGGAUAUGAUUAGGAAACCGUGGAGCAAGUUCCCUGAUCUGGAAUGGUCACCUGAGCCCCUCCCUUGGCCUGCUCCUCGCCCCGCCACCUGCUUCCCCAAGUGCCUUACUGCAGCUUCUCCUCGAAGUCCUCCUGGGUCUGUGGCAGAGACUGAGUGGGGGUUCCCCAGGGCUAACCACACAGAAAUCCCCCGUAAGGUAAGUGCUCCCCAAAACAGAGGCUUUCUGCAGCAUACAGAGGUGGCCAGACCAGGAGGGUACCUGUGAGGAAGCCAGGCUCCCAUAGGCCUGUGGCCCAGUGGACAGCAUCUGAUCACCAGGGGAGUGUCACCUCAGCCUUCUGUCCCCGCCUCCGCCCUUGCCCUGGACUGCAUCACUAUGGCAACUUCUCUCUCUCUAAUAGGCCUCCAGGUGUCUCCAUCUUUAUCUCGGUGGUUCCAUAUGCAGAGUCAGGACACCACCUUGUUCGCUCUGCAUCAUGGGAAAUUCUGUGGAGGCAGGUACCUGUGACAUGGGGACACCCCCUGCCCCGCCCACCCAAGGAGCCAGAGUUCAGGGAGUUUCAGCCAGAAUGACCAUGUUUCUCAUUCAAACAGCACGGUCACCUGCCCCUGCACACAGGCAGUCAGGGCCCGUCAUGGGGUGUCGUCAGUCACUAUGUCACUCACUGUGGUUCCAGCACCUCAUGUGGCUUACGGAUGGUUUCUGACAUGAAAGCAGACUCCAUAACAGCCUUACCCUGUCACUCUCAGAGUCCUCUAUGCUUUCCCACCUGGGAGCAAGCAGGGAGGACUCCUGGCUGGUUCGACGGUCAUCCACAUGUCUCAAGUCUCAUUUCCACCCCUCACAAGCUUGUCAUCUGGGCAUUGCCAUGGAACGGGGGCCAGGUGAUGCUGCUACCACAUGUUGCCUUGGCGGAGGGCAGUUUGAGGACCACAAGACUCUAGAAGGCAUCCAAGGUCUGGACUGACCUUGAAGGCUCCUGCAGUUUCUCCCACAUUCCCUGCUCCUUAAGCUAGUUUCUCAGCAAGAAGAAUGAGGAGAUUCCAAGCAUAGUUCACCAACCCCUUCCGCUGGGCUUCUCCAUAUGACUGUGGACCAAGAAGUAUGCCUGGGUCAGGCUGAGGGGCUUUUGCCAAAGACCGUUGCCACAUGGAAGUCUGAGGAAUGCAUGUGCUUGGUCAGAUGCCACGUUUCUGGCAAAAAAAAAAAUCCCCACCAUGCCUCCUUCCAUGCCAUGGAUGCAUCCAUGCGUCUGGUUACUGGAUUGUAUUAUCCCACCCAUGGCUGUUCUGUCUGGGAGAAUUCCAUUUAAUCUAAGUGCUGAAAGAACUGAUGGGAUGUUAAAUUGUAUCCUGUUUGACAGUGUCCACUGUGUUUUCAUUCUGUUCCAUCAGGAAUUGCAGACUCGUCCACUAAUUCAUUCCUCUAAAAUGCCCCCCACCCUACCCCAUCACCACAUACCCUUCUUGGCAAUGUGCUAUCUGGGAGAAACGGGACUGUGUGGGUUUCAUGCCUGGUUCCUCAGGGGCCCCGUGGGAAUGGAUGACCCUACUCUGAGAUGCUGACAGAGCAGAAAGAACAGAAGCUCCUGCUUUCCUCCCCACAAGCCUGGUCUUGAGAGAUGGAAAAAGAACCUUCCUGAAUGAAUCAAUGGUCCAGGGGAAGAGACUGGACUGCCUGGCACCAUGUCUUAUAGGAAAUACAAAUAACAUCUUAUUUAAGCCACUAUUUUUGGGGUCCAUUACUUGCAGC